AUGCCUUCCAUGCAUGUUAUCAAAUACUUUCGUUUGGCUGUCUCUGUCAUUUCUUCUUCUUGUUCUUAUUCCUCAACACUGGGGACUUCUUUUGAGUCUCUACAGAUUCCCUCAUUCUCCAGUUCAACUUCGUCAAAAGACUGUUUGCUUGAACAGAUCAUCACAUCUUCAGUGCUUAAGUCUGCUGCAACUGGAGCAGAAGUGUCACCAUCUUCAUCUGAGACUGUAAGCAGGAUGCCUGCGUGUCUCCAACAAACCUUGAUCGCAUCUGCAUUGGCUUUAUCUCAAGCAGUUUUGGUCCAACGCAUCGCCUGGAGCUGA